AUGUCGCCAUCUAUAUACGAGGUCUACGGGAAGCAAUGGGAUACUUCGGCAUGGGCGGCAGAGUGGAUGGUCAACGCAGCCAGGUACUGUAAUACCUCAGAAGGUCGACGUAGACUGGAAGAGUGGACCAUCGAACGGUUUGGCGAACGCGAAGGAAGAGAACGACUCCGAAAGGCUUACGCACCAUUCAAAGGCCCGUUGAAGAUAUCAAUGUCCGACGUAAAUGCCGUUAUGUUUGCGAAGGUAGCAAGUGGCAUCACGCAGUUAAUGGGCAAAGAGGUCACGCCAGACGCCAUCACACUGUAUGUUACCUUCGUUCAAGAGAACGUGCUAUGUAUGCCUGCUCGUGACAAACCUGCCCCGACCCGUCGUAAAGACGAGACCGCUGCUGCCUGGCUAGGUCGACGUAACGAGGCUCUUAUACAGGGUGCCCAAUAUCCGGAACUAGACCUUCGUGCUUGUAAGAAAGCGGCAUUGAGCGAGCUGGAUCGCGUCAGAGACGAGACAUCGGCCCUUCGCUCGGAUAUCUCCUUCUUCUAUGACAUCCUGAAGACCCGCCAACGGAGUGUUAUUCCUUCUCCCUGGGUCUUCGAAAUGAACAGGCAGCGUCCGGGGUUUCUCGCGGAGGAGACCUUCGAUGACUCUUGGCGCGCAUGGCUAACACUCCAUAAUGUCUCUCAUUACGGAUGGUACAUGUGUGCCGAGUUGUUCGAGGAAAUAACGCGUAGAAACAUUCGGACCCCGAGAGCACUCGAGCAAGCCUACAAGUCAGAUGAUGCGUUAUUUUGGCAGAUAGUGCAGGCUCUCACUGCGUUAGAGGCGUACUUGCGUAUCGCAACAGGAUGGAUGAACCAGGUCAUCACUGGGACUGAGUACUAUGCCAAGUGGUUCUCACGCGUGCGAACACACCAUGGCGCUGCUGUGAUCCGGCUCGACCCUGCGAAAGUGGCAAGAUCGGAUUUGGAUCGUCUUGACACGAGGAUACUACAGACCUUCGGUCAAGAUGGCGCGGACCAUUAUUGGCACUUUUUCAGCGACCUGCAAAAGAUGACGGAGAAAGUGCCUUCUGCCGCGCGUCGUUUUGGUGCUGACGCGUAUGAAGCCAUUGGAAACUAUGCUGUCGCGGAUGACGUGUUCAACAACAUGUACUACUCACCAUGGGGUAUCCAGUUCAAACAAUACGCCGACAGCAUGCUCGCAAAGAGCACGGACGGGAAGAUUAUGGCACGCCUUGGCUUUAUGAAGCCCGAUCCACGAAUCACAAGGCUGCCAAAGGCGGAGCUAUGGAACCGGUUUGGUGUUGCCAGCCAAUACGCUGAUAUUCUGCAGUCGUGCUGGAUGGAGAAACGUCCGUACGGCGGUCAACGGCUCCAUGGAGGACCCGAGGGUUUCUUCAUUGACGAAGAUAUCAAACCUGAGAAGUUUGAUCGAUUGCUUCUUCGUAUGGACCGCCAACUAUGGGAGGCCGCAUUAAGCCUUGAUCCACCCGGUCAACGCGGAUCUGUUGCUCGUAUCCUAGGUCUUUAUGAUCCCAAUGAUCCCGAGCGACCGAGUGUCACCCGCCGCUUGGAAGCUAUCAAAGAGCGGGAGAGAGCGCGCCUUGAAGCUCGGCUUGCUGCGAAGGAAGCAGCAAAACCAUUGGGUACCUUCGAGGAAACCAUCCCUGUCGCUGUUCCUGGUAUCAAGGACGAAGCGGCUGUACCAGGCCAUGCCUACGCGGCUGAAGCCGAGGCUGUUGUCGGCGCGAAGACCAAAAGCAAGAAGAAAAAGAAGGGCAAGUCGAAGGCAGGGAAGACUGCAGUUUCCGAGGCAACUGAGAAGGCGCCCACGGAUGCUGACAACGUAGCCGACGACCUCUCCUCGAUGACUCUUGAUCCAGAUGCGUUCCCCGAUUAUCUCCCUGCGAAGUUCGUCCUUCCUCGCAAGAUGGCCAAGGUGUUCCAUCGUCUUCUUGACGGUAGGUACGAUGAUGCUUCGGACAAGUCAGAGGAAGAAGCGCCCAUGAAAGGAGAGGUACAGUGGAAGGACUUCGAAAAGGUGAUGCGUCGCAUUGGUUUCUCGAUUGAGCAAACCGCAGGCUCUUCGGUGCGCUUCGAUCCGCCGGCAAAGCUCGCGCGGCCCAUCACGUUCCAUAGGCCUCACCCGGAUGCGGUCAUGACGAACGUGCUGGCACGAAGUGUCGGAUGGCGGCUCUCCAAGCGAUAUGGAUGGACCAUGUCGACAUUCGAAGAGAAAAGCGGUGCCGAUGAGUAG